AUGGUUUUGCCGGCCCAGUUUGUCAACGUCAUUGUCGUUGGAGCCGGGCUCAGCGGUCUCCGCGCCGCCACCGAGAUUCACGACGCAGGGCUCUCUUAUGUCGUCCUCGAGGCCAUGGACCGCGUAGGUGGCAAGACUCUUUCCGUUCAGGCUUCUUCAAACGGCACCGCCGUGGUGGACUUGGGUGCAGCGUGGAUCAACGACAGCAACCAGUCUGAAAUGUACGCCAUGGCGAAAGAGUUUGGGUUUGACCUCGUGGUUCAGCGUACAGAGGGGCUGUCCAUCUCUCAAGACGAUAAAGGGCAAAUGUCUCUGGUACCUUAUGGAAUGCCUGCCAACUUGACCUCGGAGCAAUUGGGUGAGCUAUCCACCUUUGCGCAGGGUAUGCAACAGUACAUUGAUCGCUCUGAUCUCGAAAACCCACACCUCGGGCAAGAUGCAGUGAAACUAGACUCGAUGACUGCUUUGGAAUUCGUGCAGAGCGAGUUUCCGGCUAAAAUCGCGACAACCUUUACUUACACCCUUGUCCGGGCUCUUCUUGGCGUGGACCCCGAGGAGGUCAGCGCCUUGUACCUCAUCGACUUCAUCAAGAGUGGAACGGGCCUCUUGAACAUUAGCUCCGAUACCAAGCAUGGAGCCCAAUAUCUGCGGAACCGGCAAGGCAACCAAAACUUUGCCAAGAAGCUUGCGAGCAAACUCAAGCCAAACACUGUGCAGCUUUCUUCAGCCGUCAAGAGCAUCACUCAAGCCGCCGACCACUGCAUAGUCCGGACCCAAGACGACAAGGUCUACGUCUCCAAAAAGGUCUUGCUAUCCGUUCCGACCAGCCUGAUACCACAGAUUGAGUUUACUCCUCGUUUGCCCGAGCCAAAACGCAUUCUCACUCAGUCAACCAAGCUCGGCUACUAUUCCAAGACUGUGCUGGUGUAUUCGGAGCCGUGGUGGCGCCAUGCAAACCUCUCUGGCGUGUUUUCUUCCAUCUACGGACCCAUUUCCUUUACCAGAGACACCUGUGUCCCUGAAAUGGGCCAGUUCAGUCUCACGUGCUUCCACACCGGCGAGACUGGCCGACAGUGGUCAAAGCUGGACGCACAAGGACGACGCAAGGCUGUACUGGACCAGUUUCACAAUGCCUUUGGCACGGCUGUCGAGAGCAUCCCCGAGCCAAUCAAUAUCAUUGAAAAGGAGUGGACCAAGGACCCCUGGGCGCAGGGAAACCCGAACCCGGUGAUGAUGCCCGGCUUGAUGACGAGCGCGGCUGGCCAGUCGAUUCGUGACCGCUACGGGCAUGUCCACUUCAUCGGUACCGAGACUUCGUACGCGUGGAAGGGAUACAUGGAGGGUGCAGUGCUAUCGGGCAUUCGCGGUGCAAAGGAGGUUAUUGCCGCUCUUCAGCGCAAUGAAACAACGACACAGCAACCUACCUCAAUCGCGGCUACCCUUGAGCGCAAUGGAACAACGACACGGCGACCUGGUUCCAUCACAGCUACCUUCCAGCGCAAUGAGACAGCGACCUCUAACAUGGACCAGCGACCUUCUUCAGCCGCGGCUACCCCUGAGUACACUGCAUCUUCUUCCUCAGUAGCGGCUACUCCUGAGCCCACCGGACCUUAUUCGGCUGUGGCUUCCCCUGAGUACACUGGAACUUCUUCAGCCGUGGCUACUCCUGAGUUUACCAAAGUGGUAGCCUCUGGCUUGGACCGACGUCCACUCCUCGCAUGCUAG